UUCUGCAGUUUUCAGCUUCAUGCGUCAGCUGAUUCCCGUCCUCUACCGAGGACCACACGGUUCUCGUGUAGUUAUGCUUCAAGUACACUCGGGAUAAUUUCAUAACUAGUCUUUCCCCUCCGAAAUGUUCAAGAAACACGGCCAGUUUUGCGCCAAUCACCCUUGGGAGGUGAUCGUCGCCACCCUGACCCUCACGUCAUGCCUUUUCACGAUGGACUUCACGUCAGUGGCCCCCAGGCCCAAGCCGGAAUUGUCGCACGAUUCUCUGCAUGUAGACGUUGCAAUCAUGACAUCGGUGAGAUGCAUAGCUAUACUCUACUGCUAUUACAAGUUCAGGAGUCUGAGGUCUCUCGGUUCCACGUUCCUCGGAGUUGCCGGUGUCUUCACGGUCAUAUCCAGCUUCGUCUUCAGCUCCACUGUAAUUAACUGUUUUGGAGGGGAUAUAUCAGACCUGAAGGAUGCUCUGUUCUGUUUCUUACUACUUAUUGAUCUCUCCAAAGCCACUUUGUUGGCCCAGUUCGCGCUCAGUGCUUCGGAUAAAGAAGAGGUGAAGAAGAACAUCGCGAGAGGAUUGGAUGUACUCGGCCCAGGACUUACCCUUGACGCCCUUGUCGAGACGCUUCUGAUCAGUGUGGGCACUCUCUCUGGGAUCAGAAAACUCGAGACGCUUUGUUUCUUCGCUUGUGUAUCUGUCAUCGUUAACUACAUAGUAUUUAUGACGUUUUAUCCAGCGUGUCUCAGCCUCGUCCUCGAGCUGUACGACGGUCUUGAAAAAGUACCAUGGGAGAUGGUAGGAGAAAGCGAGAAGCAAAAUCCAGUACUGCAAAGAGUCAAGGUAAUAAUGUCUGCCGGGCUUAUGAUCGUGCAUUUACAGAAUCGUUGGUCACUCACAGGCGAUGAAAGGGAAAAUUCGACCUUACCCAUAUCGGAAGUGACAUCGACUCAUACCAUCGACACUUUAAAAUCGACCCUUCUUGGCCUAUCGGUGGAUCAAGUUGUAGUUUUUAUCCUAUUACUUGCUUUAACAAUAAAAUUCAUUUUCUUCGAAGGCUUAGAAUUCAUUCAGUCUUCUCAUGAAGACACAAAGAAUGAAAUGGUAGAGUAUGAAGAGCCUGAGGAAGAUGAAGAGAUGCGACCAAUUGAAGAAUGUUUAACAUUAAUGAGGACUUCAGGAAAUUUAGACUCUCUAAGAGAUAAUGAAGUAAACAAGCUCAUUGAGAUUGGAGAAGUUAAAACACAUUCACUUGAACUUCAAUUAAACAAUAAAACGAGAGCUGUCAAAAUACGAAGGAUGCACCUUUCAAAAAACAGUCAAUUAAAGAACGCUUUUAUGAGUUUACCAUACGAAAGAUUCGAUUAUAAAAAAGUUUUUGGAGCAUGCUGUGAGAAUGUUAUCGGUUAUGUUCCAUUACCUUUAGGAAUUGUUGGACCUCUAUUAUUAGAUGGAAAAAAAGUGUACAUACCAAUGGCAACGACUGAAGGAUGUCUUGUAGCGAGUACAAACAGGGGCUGUCGGGCUGUUUCGUUUAACGGUGUCACAAGCCGUUCCGUGGACGAUGGCAUGACUCGUGGGCCCGUCGUCAGGUUUCCAGAUUUAGUACGUGCAAGUGAAGCGAUGACAUGGAUCAAGAGCGAAGAGGCUUUUAAAAAUAUUAAAAAAACUUUUGACUCAACCAGCCGUUUUGCAAAACUGACAAAAAUACAAGUUCGUAUUACAGGGAGAUUGUUGUUUAUCAGAUUUGUCGCUACGACUGGUGAUGCCAUGGGUAUGAACAUGGUGUCUAAAGGAUCGGAACACAGUUUGAUCUAUAUAAAGAAAAAAUUUCAAGAUAUGGAAAUAUUGAGCUUGAGCGGUAAUUACUGUGCUGACAAAAAAUCUACAUCGGUGAACUGGAUCGAAGGAAGAGGAAAGUCAGUCGUUUGUGAAGCGAGAAUAAGUAGCAACAUUGUUAAAACGGUUCUUAAAACAUCAGUCGAAGCGAUUGUCGACUUGAACAUUAAUAAAAACUUAGUGGGAUCCGCAGUCGCCGGGAGCAUAGGUGGCUUUAACGCACAUGCGGCCAACAUAGUAACAGCAAUAUUCAUAGCAACGGGACAAGAUCCAGCACAAAAUGUCACGAGUUCGCAAUGCAUGACCUUAAUGGAACCGUGUGGAAAUGACAAUUCGGAUUUGUACAUAUCCUGCACGAUGCCGUGCAUAGAAGUCGGCACUUUGGGAGGUGGCACAGUGCUCUCUCCGCAGUCUUCUUGCCUUGAGAUACUCGGAGUCAAAGGGAGUUCGGUCAAUCCAGGCGAUAACGCCUCGAGGCUUGCUAGGAUAGUCUGUGCCUGUGUCCUCGCCGGAGAACUCUCCUUAAUGGCAGCUUUAGCUUCUGGCGAUCUAGUGAAAAGUCAUCUCAAACACAACCGAUCAUCCACAUCCGUGACUAGCAAAUAAAACAUUGUACUCGGUUUUUACUUAGAAAAUUUUUAAUUUAUUUUAAAAUGGAGAAAAACGUUUGUUGAGAGUGAAAUAAAUUUGCUGACCAAAGUUCUCAAAUAAAUUAACAUUAUCUUGUA